AAAGGCCCCUCAACAAUUUCACUUGAAUGUCGUCCAAAUGAGAAAUCGUUUUUACAAUAUCAUAUUGAUGGUUUGCUCACACUAGAAAACGAUGUACUUUUGGUGAAAAUGGCCCCUAAUAAAACCAUGAAAUGGGAGGAAUUGCGUCCUUCCGUGAUUAGUUUCGUUAUGCCGUUGGAUGAAGUCUUUCUAAAUGCCUUUGGGGAAGCAUGCAAACGCUUGAAACCCGAAUGGGUGGCUUUUAAAAAGGUAGAAUCCCCAUUCAACCAACAGAAGCCGUGUGAGGAAGGAACACAAUCGAAAGAUAAGCCCAUCCAAGUACAAAUAAACGCAACGGUGUCAGUUGGGGAAUGGAUAAAUCAAUUAGCACAAAUUCGCCAGGAAAACACGGAGGUCAAAACACAAAUGAAAGAAAUGCAGACGCAGUUGGCAGAAACGCAGAAAAAAUUGGGAGAAAUGCAAGGACAACCCACAGCAGCUCUACAGCAACUCUCUCAACAAAAAAACAUUCAAAUGACGGAAUUAUUAAAACAAAUGGGAAAUGAGCGUCUCAAUACAAAUGGAGGAGAAGAGAAAUCUCGGACCAGCCAAAAUACCCUCAACAACAGUAAUAAUGUAUCCCACUUAGCAUGGCAAGGGGGAAGGGCACCAAUGGCCUUUAAGGAAGGACCACAAUUAGGAUCACAGGGAACACAGGAACAAAGGCUGCCAGUAUGGACUGCGGCAAUCAGGCCAGAGGAAAAGAUCCGCUCCUUUGAAGGAAUGAUGGAUUAUUUAAAGGAGACAUCACCCAGCCAAUUGGUGAUUGCAUACCGAGAAAUAUUUCCCAUGCCAGCCAAUCCCGACCUAGCUUAUAAAGAUGCAUGGAAUAAUUUUGUUCAGUGGACUCGCACUAUUCGCAGUGAUGGAAUGUCGGCAUCAAUGAUUCAAUUGGGCCGAGAGCUUUACAAGCAGCUGCGAAUAAUACAAACCGUUAAAGAUUUCCCUGGAGUGAAGAUGGAGGAGCUUCAUGAUGCUAUUAUUGCGUUUGAAAAUCCAAAUGAUCCUUUCAUACAGUACGUCGUGAAAUGGCGGGAGAGAAAUUCAACAGCAUCAUCAACAAUAUCCAAGAAGGCACGUUGUUAUAGAUGUGGACGUGUUGGGCAUUAUAGCUCUACGUGCCAUUUCGCUUUGCAAAAAGAACCUUUUGAACCAAAAAACGAUUUUGGCCCCGGAAACAGUGAAUAUCGGAGGUCAGGGCGGAUAGGGCAUCAACAAUUAUUGGAUAUCCAGGAUUUGACGCGCCCACUCAAUACCGUGAUUUUCUUCCGCUUACACAUUGGAAAGGUCUCACAAAAAAUUAUCAAAGGAGAAACGCAAAAGCAGUGCGCACAGAGACAAGACUUUCAAAGGGGGUUUUCCUCCAAUAACAGAACCCCCGCCCCAUCCAAAGGACGACUUCAAUAA